UUCUACAUCUUCAAUUCAGGUUCUAAUUCAUCUAGCGAAGGUAAAUCUUCGAUAGUUUCAAACGAAUCACCGUCAUUAUCUUUGAAUAAUGUCGAAGAAACGUUGGAAACAAUGACGACGACAACAAAUAUUCCUUUUGAAAGGGUUUUAUUUUCGAAUAGAAUUCUAUCUAACGAUAAUCAAUUUGUUACAACUACGGAAAUUCUUGAUUCGAGUUCAGAUAAAGAUGAUAUUAUUACAAUGAAUCCUGAAGAAAAGGUUAUCACUAAUCCCUUUGAAAAUACUAGUACGUAUAAGCCACUUAAGGAUUCGUCUGAAUUACAAAUUGAUGAUUACAAAAAUCAAAUGAAAGAUACUACGUCAAGUUUAGAAUUAAUGGAAAAUAAGGAUAAAGAAGAUCAUGCGGUGUUCGAAUGGUACAUCCCAUUGUUCUCUACUAUUUAUAUGGACUCUAUACUGUCUAUUGAUAAUUCUUCAAAAGAAACCCGUAACUCUGAAAUGGAUGAGUUUGUAAAAGAAUUUUUUCGGAAUGUCGAAGAACAGAAUGAGUUGUACUCAAGUAGUAUAUCUGAUGAAAUUACGGAAAGUUCGAGAAUGGACGUAAAGUCCGAUUAUUGGAAUCCACAAGCUACUUGGGAUAUUUUAGAAGAUUGGAAACAAGAUAGUACUGAGGCAUCAAUUUUUAUCUCAGAAGAAAUUUCCGAAGAAAAAUCAAAAUCGAGUUUUUCUCAUGAUUCGUUAAUUAAAAAAGAAGAAGAAGAAGAAGAAAAAGAAGAUAUGCAUAAGUAUUUCAAAAGAAAUCAUGGUCAAGGUGACAUUGACUUGAUUCCUUCUUUUGCAAAAGACGAAGACUCUGAAAAGUCUGAUACCUCGAAAGUGGAAGAUGAUAACAUGAAUGAGUGGAAGUCUGGGUUAUUUUCUACCUCAGAUUGGAGAAUGCCAGAUAGUAGUAUUGAAAGGAGUAAUACGGAAGAAGAGGAAGAAUCUACGGAAAAGAAUAUAUCGACGGAAAUGUCUGUUACAUCUGAUGAACAACAAAUUGAAAAAGUUGUUAAUAUUCUCAAACUUUGGGGAAUUAUUGAUAGAGAUGAUGACGUUGACUCUUCUGUAUAUUCUUCAACGGAAAAUGUUGAUUCCGAAAAAAAGAUUGAAAGUGAACAACGUCAAGAACAAAACCGUUGUAUCAAAGUUAUAAUCAAUGGUAUUGAAAUAAUGAAGUGUUAUUUUAUUCCUUUUCAAUCAACUAAAGAGGAUCUCCUUGGCUCAUUAAACUAUAACUCGAAUGAAAUGAAAUCACCUGAUGAAUAUGUUGAUAAUAGUUACAAUAUACCUUAUCCGGAUACAAUAAAAGAAUCGAUGGAUUUUCCAAAUUUUGAAUCCAAAAAGCAGGAUUAUGAAAUGAAAUCACCUGAUGAAUAUGUUGAUAAUAGUUACAAUAUACCCUAUCCGGAUACAAUAAAAGAAUCGAUGGAUUUUCCAAAUUUUGAAUCCAAAAAGCAGGAUUUUUCAACAGAAUGGGAGCCGAAAAUGGAUCCGAUUACGGAUGUGUAUCCUGAAGAAAAUUCGUAUCAAGAUGUAGAAGAUCCAAUACGUUUGUGGUUAGAUUUGUCUAGUAUUUUGAACAGAAACUUUCUUCGAUGGUGAAGAAGACUCGCAUGGGAAGAAAAGAAGGAGGAGGAGGAGGAGGAGGAUGACGAUGAACGAGAGAUUUUAUUCAGAUAUCAAAGCAUUAUACAAACUUUAUCUUUUAGAAUUUCAACUCGAUGAUGAUUAUGUAUCGAAAAAAUGAUCAAAUCAAACCCCUUACAAAUUAUA